UUUGCAGUGCCUGGAAAAGCGAUAUCAGUGCGGAGGUGCAGCUGGAAUCAUUUUCAGUGGGCGCUGAUUUUUUCUACAGACUUGUCGAUGAAACCGAAUGGAUGAGCUCAAGGCACCUGGACAUGGCAACCUUUCUUAUCCGCAAAAGGCAACUAUCUCAUCCGUUGGUUUUUGGAACGGACUGGACAACGGCAGAUUGUUGCUUGCAGCAAUUUCUAGAGCCGUUCAAACCGACGGCCAGGAAACGUGGAUCGAAGAAGGCUGCUGGUUCAAACACCGUUGACCUUCCAGCCAGCAAGGUGAAGAAUUUACAUCACUUUGUGCGUGGUACGUGGCAACACGGCUAUGCCCAAGCUUGGACAAAAGUCCGGAAGGUGUAUUUUCCAUAUAAUCUGAAAGGGUCUCAUUGGGUUGCAAUCGAACUUGAUUUCGUAAGACAUACUGCAACCGUGUAUGACUCCUAUAUUGAUUAUACGAAACGUUCAAAGCUGGUUACGCUUCUGCACCCUAUUAGCGAUACGCUGGCACGAGUGCUGUUCGAUAUGCACUUUUAUGAUGAUUCUGAGGUUGAAGAGGUGAAGCAAAAGGGGCUGACGAUGUCGAUGUAUACGCCAUUCUCAGUGUGCAGCAUUGCAGAUGUGCCACAACAACGAGAUGGUGCGUCUUGCGGAAUCUUGACCGUCAAAUUCAUCGAGCAUCUCAGUGCUGGGAUGUCGGUAGAUAAAGUUGACCCUUUGAAGAUCAAAUAUUACCGACUCAAGCUUGCAAUUGAGGGUUUAAGGGGGGAGGCAUAUUUAUGAGGUCGGUCUCAACCAAGGGUUGAUUGCAAUAUUCCAACCAAGAUGACCAUACACUGUUAUUUGAUGUAGG